CAAAGAAACCUUGACCACACCGUCUGCCGACAUGUAGCUCACGGACAUUGCUGCCUUUCUUUCUCGUUCGCUGCCACUCUUUACACAGCAGGUGACAAGUACACAGCAUGGCAGCCGCUGUUCAGCCCGGUCUCAUUGAUCUGACGGGGAAGUCGCAAGCGGCGUUCCCAAUCCGCUUAGGCGCUAGCAUCGAGAAGCACUCCGACGCAACGCGUUUCGCCAGCAUACGGUAUAAUCACAAACCGGGAUUUAAGCAGACGGUGGAGGUGAAGGCUUCAAUAGAGGAGGGUAGAGAAGGGAAUGAGUUGGUAUUGCGGGCAGAAGAUGGGGAAUAUACAUAUCGUGGAAGCUAUGGGCAAGAUGAAGGGAACUUCGUGCUUGUGCUUCGAGGUGAAGGGAAGGAGAGGGAAAUGGUGUUGGAGAGGCUAGAUGGGGUACAUUCGUUCAAUUUGGUCAGCACACCGGGAGAAGAUGAUGCUGCGACAUUGCAACAGAAACAUCCACACCUCAGCGAUGCGGUAGAAGCGGAUGAUUUGUUUGGCGACGAGGACGAAGACGCACCACCUGACGAAGCAAAUCCUUUCGACUAUCGACACUUCCUUAAAGCAGAACCUGAAAAGCCAGCGUCCUCGCAGCCUGCUGUCGAGACUAGUCGCAGCUCAGCAGGCACGCCUGUCGUCCGACCUGCUGCACGCAGCACACCCGCUGCACGAACAACGAAACCUGCUGCGAAAGCGAAAGCUGCACCGAAGCGCAAACCUGCCGCAGAGAAAUCGAACCCGAAGCGUGUCAAAGCUGGUCAAGAGCCCACUGCUGCCGCUGAGCCCGAGCCGGAAGCUGAAAAGCCAGCGAAGGUCAGCAAAGCGAAACCAGAUGUCCCGAAGCUGCGUGUCGAUCGCAAGGCAUCUAUGCGCAGACCAUCAAUGGACGACUCUGGCGAGCUCAUUCUGGAGAACGAGACACCGGUCACGGAGAAGCCUCCGAAGGCUGGAGGUGCAAUGGCUUGGGCAUUAAACGGUGCGCUUUCGACUGGUCCUAUCAGUCUCGCUUCAGCAGCGAGCAGUCCCGGUCUUGCAGCUUCUGCGCCUGAGCGAGAAGUCGAAGAGCCUCAGGAGUACGAGUUUGACUUUGGUGAUGGUAGUGAGGCAGAGGAUGAGCAGGAUAACAGUGAACUUGUGCUGGAGAAUGCUGCAGACGACAAUGAUGACGGCGGAGAAUUAGUGCUCGAGGACGAUGACGCGGAUAUCGACGAACAUCUGGAGUUGCCCUCGCCGGCGCAGAAUCAUCAUCGGCCGAGCUCGAGCGUGGCUCCAGUGCCGGCAGGAGAGGAAGAAGACGAUGAUAUGGAGAAACAGCUUGCGCUUGCGAUGGCGGCUGAUGAUGACGAGGAGGAGAGUGAAGAGGAGUGAGGCUUGGAAUUUGCCAAUCUUUGGCAUCAUGCUUGCGACAAAUCUUCGCCGCCAAAGAGGCACUUUUCGCUGUUCUCCUUGGUCAUCGCGCAGUACUGCGACGAUGCCGUGCGUCUCAUGGCGCAUGCUGCGACCAUCUGCGCGAAGGACCCAAGUCCAUUCAUCGCCCGGCCGCUGUCAUCAACAGCACCCAACUCCAGCAUCAUCCUCGCUGAGCUGAGCAAUCACUCAGAGAAACACCUGCUGAGUACGAUUGCCCUGGCCUUGGGUGUACGGCUCAGGCAACGUGCCGUGGAGGUGAGAUGUUGGAAGAGGCCACUACGCAACGUCUGUGGGCAAUCUACAGGAAGCAAAUGCCUCGCGCGUACGAGACUGAACUUUCUCCAAAUUCCUGGCACAAUACCAAUUACUCGCAAUCGGUGUGCUUUGGCGGCACCCCGAGUAUGGUAAGAGAUGAGUGGAACUUUGCUCCUGGUUUAUAUUUCCCCUUGGAUUUGUCUGAUCGGCAAUUUGCACCCGAAGGCUGCAAGGCACGAUGGAUUUGGCUUGCCUUCACGCUCCCGGAAGUUGGAACGCCCAGUUUGCGAGCUGAAAGAGGGCAUGCUGUGCUAAAUUGCGUGAAGAGCAGCCGAUGCAUCGAUGGUUAUUUUUCGACGAUGCUCCAUACCGUUGGUCGAAGUGCUGUCUGUUUUCUGCGCAAAGGACGCCAUGCAUCUCAUUGCAGCUUCGGCUGUUUCCAGAAUGUAUCGACUUCGAACAUACGACGUCUACCGAAGGCGGGUUGCCCAUUUAUUCAUCUGCCAUUGAUGAUUUUGAAAGCGGAUGUCACAGAUUAUGAUUUGGGUAGCAGCAUCUCACAAGAUCCACUGAAACUUGAAGCUGGAGCUGCGGAGGAAAUCUCGAUAGAUCUAUCUCUCCAUAUUCACUAUCAACGCUGCGAUCUGUCACUCAUCAACCUUCUAUUUGCUCAGGAC